UCAUGUUAACUUAUUCCCCUUUCUACUACCUCAAACAGGUGAACACCUUUCUUCUAAGUUAUUUGCAAUGAUAGAAGAUUGGGGAAUUGAAGAAAAGGUAUCCAACAUCACCUUGGAUAAUGCUGCAAAUAACGGAGCUUGUGCUGGAAUUAUGAAGAGUAGACUUGUUGCAAAGAAGAUCUUGUUGAACGAUGGAAAAUACUUUCAUGUGCGUUGUUGUGCUCAUAUCUUAGCUCUUAUUGUAAAAGAAGGACUUACGAAGAUUGAUCCAGCCGUGCUUAAGAUUCGAGCGUCAGUGAAGUCCCUUAAAAAGUCCCAAGUAAGAAAACAAAAGUUCUUGGACAUUGUUGAAACUUUAGGAAUGUCUGGUCUGAAAAAGGGUAUUCGGCAAGACGUAAAGACAAGGUGGAAUUCAACUUAUCUUAUGUUAGACAGUUGUAUCUUGUAUAAGCCAGUUUUCUCUCAUUUGAAGUUGGUGGAUUCAGACUAUGAAGACUGUCCAACUAAUGAAGAAUGGGAACAAAUUGAAGUAGUCACAAAGUUUCUCAAGGUGUUUCAUGAACUCACAAAGGAACAUGGUAAAAGAGAUGCAAGAAAAUUUGAUAGUUACUGGAAGGAGUUGAGUCCUAUAUUGGCUAUGGCAGUUGUGUUAGAUCCUAGAUCGAAAAUGAAUUUUGUGAAAUUUACUUACUCCAAGUUGUAUCCUGAUGAGAGAGAAUUAGAAUGUCAAGUUAAUAAAGUGCAUAGUAAUAUAAAAGCACUUUUUAAUGAGUAUUACACCUUGUCAAGUUCAAGAGCUUCCAACAGUUGUGCAGCUCAAAAUUUGAGUGUUCAAAAUGGUGGGAAUUUUGCUGCCAAGAAGGGAGAAUAUGUUGCAACACAGGAACGUGGUGGUAAUGUAUUAACUGACUUGUCAGAGUUAGAUGAAUAUCUUGGCGAGACGUACAAGGUUGUCUAA